AUGAUCAUGUCAAAUUGCUCCAGCAUGUCUGAAGUGAACGAUACCUCCUCUCCUCGUCGGGCCCGGAAACUGGCUGGUUGUGGUUGUUCUCCCGCUCAUUUCGUCAAUGCUCAUCUCAACUUCAGACCGGACCAGCCAGCUGGGCCGUGGAGCAGGAGUGACAUUUCUAUUGGCGUGUCUGGGACACGAGGAUUUCUGCAUUUCUUCCCACUUUGGAGGGAGCCAACGGCGCAUUCAAUUGCCCUCUGGCCUCUGACAAACCUGCGGAUUGUGCUUGUUAUGCGCCUUCACAAAGUAUGGGUUACUCGGUUCGAGUCGCGGUCUGCCUGCGCAAGCUCGCUUCGCAGGCCUCGUCACUCAGUUCUAUCGCUACAACAUCGUUCUAGGUCGAAACGUGGAAGUCAAUCUCGACGGUUCCCUAUUCAAUAUCUCGUUUAA